CAUGUUAUGCCGGUGAGGAAACGAGUGAUGCAACCUUUAUGAAAGUUUUUACCUUGCAAUGAACCGUUUUCUUUGAAUUCGCGGUUAGCAAUAAGAUUUCUGGGUCUUAAUUGUGUAAAAUACAUGCAAGAUGAGUCAGUCUCUGCCAACAACAAACAUCAGUUUUCCUAAUGAGGAGGAAAAAAUCCUGAAAUACUGGAAAGAAAUAGAUGCCUUCCGUUCAUCAUUAAAGCAAUCAAAAGGCAAACCAAGGUACACGUUCUAUGAUGGGCCCCCGUUUGCUACAGGCCUGCCUCAUUAUGGACACAUUCUGGCUGGGACCAUCAAGGACGUGGUGACACGCUGGGCCCACCAGACCGGAUACCACGUGGAGAGGAGGUUCGGGUGGGACUGUCACGGUCUGCCUGUGGAAUAUGAGAUCGACAAAACACUGGGUAUCAAAGGCCCCGAGGAUGUGGAGAAGAUGGGGAUAGCCGCUUACAACGCAGAGUGCAGGAAGAUUGUGAUGAGGUACUCAACAGAGUGGGAGGAAAUAGUGACCAGACUCGGUCGUUGGAUAGACUUUGAGAAUGACUACAAGACCAUGUACCCCACCUUCAUGGAGAGCAUCUGGUGGGUGUUCAAGGAGCUCUACAACCGGGGACUAGUUUACAAAGGGUCAAAGGUCAUGCCAUUCUCCACGGCCUGUAACACCCCACUGUCCAACUUUGAGUCCGGACAGAAUUACAAGGAUGUGGUGGACCCAGCAGUCAUUGUGAACUUUCCCCUCUUGGAUGACCCUAACGUGUGCAUCAUCGCCUGGACAACCACCCCUUGGACAUUGCCUAGCAACCUGUCAGUGUGUGUGAACCCUGACCUGGACUAUGUCAAGGUCAAAGACAAAUCUACAGGAAAAGUUUACAUCAUGAUGGAGGCACGGCUGGUUUCUCUGUUCAAGAAUGAAGACGAAUACACAAUUCUAGAGAGGUUUAAAGGAAAGACCCUAGAGGGAAAGAAAUAUGAGCCCAUUUUCCCAUAUUUUAAACAUAUGAGAGAGCAGACUAACGCCUUCAGAGUCCUGGUAGAUGACUAUGUCACAGCGGAGAGUGGUACAGGGAUUGUCCACCAAGCUCCUUACUUUGGAGAGGAUGAUUACAGGGUGUGUUUAAAGUAUGGUAUCAUCUCCAGAGACAUGAAGAUCAUCUGCCCCGUUGACGCUUCUGGAAAGUUCACAAGUGAUGUCUUAGACUUCAAAGGCCAAUAUGUCAAGGAAGCAGACAAGCACAUCAUAAAACACCUGAAGGGGAAUGGUCGUCUGGUGCAUCAGUCAACAUUCAAACAUAGCUACCCAUUCUGCUGGAGAUCGGAGACUCCACUAAUCUACAAAGCGGUGCCGAGUUGGUUUGUGCGAGUGGAGCAGGCUACCACACAGCUGUUGGAGAAUAACCAGAAGACAUACUGGGUGCCUGAUUUUGUGAAAGAGAAAAGAUUUGCUAACUGGCUGCGAGAGGCACGUGAUUGGGCGAUAUCUCGUAACAGGUACUGGGGGACACCCAUCCCUCUCUGGAUCAGUGAAGAUGGAGAAGAGGUUGUGUGUGUUGGGUCGGUGGAAGAGUUGAAGAAGCUGUCUGGAGUGGAGGUCAAGGACCUUCAUCGGGAAUCAGUGGAUGGUAUCACUAUUCCUUCCAAACUUGGGAAAGGAGUUUUGAGACGGACCCCGGAAGUGUUUGACUGUUGGUUUGAGAGUGGAAGCAUGCCCUACGCCCAGGUUCACUAUCCCUUCGAGAAAAAGAAGGAGUUUGAUGACACCUUCCCCGCCGACUUCAUUGCUGAGGGCAUAGAUCAGACCAGAGGAUGGUUCUACACACUACUGGUUCUGUCCACAUUGCUGUUUGGGAAACCUCCAUUCAAGAAUCUCAUCGUCAACGGAAUUGUCCUGGCAGAAGAUGGUAACAAGAUGAGCAAGAGAUUAAAGAACUACCCAGACCCAAUGCUGAUUGUACAUAAGUAUGGUGCUGAUGCUCUCAGGCUGUACCUGUGUAACUCCCCCGCGGUGAAGGCUGAGGGUCUGAAGUUUAAGGAGGAGGGGGUUGAGAGAGUACUAAAGGACGUGUUCCUGCCCUGGUACAACGCCUACAGAUUCUUCAUGCAAAAUGUGGACCGCUAUCAGACGGAGGAGGGGCUGGAGUUCCUUUACAAUGAGAACAAGCUCACCAAGCGCUCCAAUUACAAGGACUGCUGGAUUAUGUCCCUUGCCCAGUCACUCAUCAAGUUCGUCAGAGUGGAGAUGCAGGCAUAUCGCCUUUACACAGUGAUGCCGAGACUUGUCAAAUUUGUGGACCAGCUCACAAACUGGUAUGUCAGGAUGAACAGAAAGAGGCUAAAGGGAGAGGGAGGACCAGAGGACUGUAAGGAAGCUCUGGAGACAUUGUUCUCUGUUCUGAUGACCAUGAUCAGGCUCAUGGCACCGAUGAUUCCGUACAUCACAGAGAACAUGUUCCAGAGUCUGAGACAGCUGAUAGACCCCGAGUCUGUGGGGACACAGGACAUCCGCAGUGUCCACUUCCUGAUGAUCCCCUCUUACAGGGAGGAUCUGAUAGACGUCUCCAUAGAGACGGCAGUGUCCCGCAUGCAGUCCGUCAUAGAACUGGGUCGUGUCACCAGAGAAAGAAACACCCUCCCCCUCAAGUACCCCCUCAAAGAGGUGGUGGCCAUCCACCGCGACCCUGAGGCCCUGAACGACAUCAAAUCUCUCCAGUCCUACAUCAUGGAGGAGCUCAACGUCCGAGAGGUCAAGGUCACUCAGGACAAAUCCAGCUACGGUGCCCACCUGGUGGCUGAGGCUGACUUCAAGACGCUGGGAGCCAAGCUAAAGGGAGCAGUGAAAACCAUUGCUAAAGCUGUGAAGGAAUUGACAGACUCUCAGCUUGAAGAGUACCAGAGAACAGGGGAGAUCACUGUGGCUGGUCACACACUGGGAGAGGGCGACCUGAAGCUGAUGUACAAGUUUGACAGCAGCAAGGAGGGGGCCAAAAGUUCCUAUGAUGCCCACUCUGACAAAGAGGUAUUGGUGUUGAUAGAUAUAGUCCCCGACCAGAGCAUGUUGGAUGAGGGCGUGGCCAGAGAAGUCAUCAACAGAGUCCAGAAACUACGACAAAAGGGAGGACUAGUGCCAUCAGACAAGAUCACCGUGUAUUACAAAGCCUCUGAGAAUCUGGAUAAAAUCAUCAAAGAAUUCAGCGACUACAUCGGUAAUGCCAUCAAACAACCACUCGUUCCAUUCCCUGUCCCUGCAUCAGAGACGGUCUACAUCCAGGAGAGUAUGGACGUGAAGAAAGAUAAGCUGGAGAUGGCUAUUGUGAAACAGGGUGGGGAGUCAAGUGGUGCCAGCACCACCGUCAGCUUCCUGCCUCCCGCCCCAGCAAAGGCGGCCCCCUAUUGCAAGUUUGUGAAUGUGGUCCUGGUGGGAAUGCCUUCACAGGAAGGAGUGGAGGGAAAUCAGGCGACGGUUCUCCUGGAGAAUCCCUCAGGGAACGGGGUCAAGGACAUCCAGACACUGACUGACCAGAUCAAAUCUGUUUUUGGAGUACGAGGAAGAAGGGUGGUAGUGUAUACCGAUGCUGGACUGAAAAACGAGCUUCCAUCCACCACCAAACCAGACACACUGUUGGGUCAGACUUUGUAUGUGGGGCCCAUGGUGGGGACACAGGGAGUCCAGUACACAGCAGUGGCGACACCUGUCUGUCAUUUUGUGAAUGUGGAGAAUUCAAAAGGAGGCAGUAAAAAGGGGACACUACUGUUAGAAAAUCCCCGAGGAAACACCUUGAAUGUGGAACAGCUACUUGCACAGGUAUCAGCAGUGUAUAAUUUAAAUGGAAAGAAUGUCACAUUAAGUCGCACAAAGGACAAGGCAGGGGUAGUAACUCCAGACAGUGUUAAGAACCUCCUAGAUUUACAUGGCUCAACACUACAGCUUCUGGUGCAAUAACAGCAGGACGGCUAGGGAUUUCACAGACAUUUAAAAUCACAAACCAUGCAGUGCUAUUUAUAUAAACAUUAACAUUAAUUCUGGAAGUGUAACAUCCUGAUAUUCUAUUCUGAUUUUCAGUGUCUUGUCACUGUGUGAUUAAUAAAGAGUGGAAUAUAUA